CAGGAACAGCUUCAAAAUUCUCCAUUGCAGAAAAGCAAACGGAUGGUAAGAGGACUAUCUGGAAAAGUUAGCAGGAAGGAAAAGAAAGGAUGAAGGGAAGAAUUUUCAUUUCAAUCAUCUUCAUUGGGAGUUUGCUGAUUCUGGUGUGCUACUUACAGGACAUCAGCAACGUGGAACGUAACCAAAACCAGCAUAAGAUGAGAGGCGCACCUAACACCAUUAAUUCUUGUAAAAACUGCGGAGAGAAAAUUAAGCAGGCAUUAGAGAUAUACUCUGAAACCUGGACAAAACAAGACUUCAACUGUGAAAAAUUCAGGUUGGACCUCAGAGUGAAUGUCAAUGGUUUUGAUGAAGCCGUCAUAACCCAGACGAACACUCCAGUGGGAUCCAGGCUUGUUUAUGACGGUGAGAGGAAGAGGAUAUUGAAUGUGACCCAAGAGAUUUACGACUUAUUUCCAAAAGGUCAUCCUUUCUCAAAUAAAAGAUGGGACACAUGUGCUGUUAUUGGGAAUGGUGGGAUCGUGGCAAACAGCAGCUGUGGAAAAAUGAUCAAUUCAGCUGAUUUUGUCAUCAGGUGUAACCUGCCUCCUUUGUCAGACGGAUAUGAGAAAGACGUUGGUACCAAGACAAACCUUGUAACGGCAAAUCCAACCAUUCUCUUAAAAAAGUUUGAGUCUCUAGUAGGACGUCGAAGUCCACUAAUGAAAAAGCUGAGUAGCUAUGGCAACUCGAUGCUGCUCCUUCCUGCCUUCUCCUUCGGUAUGAAUACAGCUGUUUGCAUGCGAACUCUUUACACCAUUCAGGACUUUGAAUCUGCCAUCCAACCUGCCUUCAUCAACCCCGAAUACCUCAUUAAACUCUCUAAAUUCUGGCGCGCACACGAGCUGAAAGAAGCACGGCUCAGCACCGGAGUCAUGAUGGCAAGCCUGGCAUUGGAGCUCUGUGACGACGUGCAUCUUUAUGGAUUUUGGCCAUUUGGUAUUCAUCCAUUCAACUUCAAAAACCUGACUAACCACUAUUAUGAUGACAUAAAACCAAACACUAAUUUUCACUCCAUGCCAGUUGAGUUCAGCAUACUCCUCCAAUUACACAAAAAUGGUGUGCUGCGCCUACACCUUGAGGACUGUCAAUAAGAUGAUAAGAAGUUACAUGAAGGAGAACAAGUUCUUGUUUUGUAAUGACAGGAUGGCAAUGAUAGAGAGAAAGGAUUGAAUGUACAAAAGGUUUUUGGGAACUGUCUUCUCAGGUUAUUUAAAAUACAAUAACACACUAUCUAUUCAAAUAAGGUCAGCUCUGUUUAUAUUUAUUAUGGUAAAUGACAAAAAUGACAUUGAAACAAACUGACCACUAUUGAGAAAAAGGUGUCUUUUGUCAUAACCUUUUGUGGAGAGUUGUCCUGCUGUGCUAUUCAACCAUUAGCAGCAGAUAAAAAUGUUGUGCUUGACAGCUAUAUGUAUGCAUGCAUGAGUUAUCUGGCUGGAAUUUGUCUGCUGGUCAAAAAUUUCAAAUUUCAACAAAAGCAGACUGCACACAGAUGAUAAUAUAGAUUUUUUAUUUUGGUCAGAAAAGACUAAAUUAUGCCAUUUUGUAUAAUAACGCAUUGAAGAAAACUCUAACUUUUGCCUGAAUUAAAUUUUAAAGGAUGUAAAAAUAUAAUUGUACAAUGUUGAGUUUCAAUAAAGCAUAAGUAGUGCAGUAUAAAAGAAAUAUAUAUAUGUUUGUUUGUUUUUUUUUGUGCUGAAUACAUUAGUUCAUAGUUUGUUUGGUGAUCCGUCACCAUUCUUCUAACAAAACAACAAAAACACUUGGGGGGGUUUUCCCAGCAUGGUUAUUCUUGUACCAGUUGUAAUUUUAUUUCUUGUUUAAUGAGAAACAAUGAACUCUCAGUUAACAUUCUCUCCAAAACUUUCCCUUUAUGUCUGUGAACUCCAGGCAUCUAGCAUUCUAAACCAUAGUACAAUUUUCUGUUCGCAAUUUUCAAUUAAAAUGUUAUAUCUGCAAGGUUGAAUACUAGCAAAAAGCUUAAAAGGUUUGCCGCCGCCUAGUGGUUGAAGCUUGUAUGAGAAAAUUUUAAACUUUUUUUUUAUCUGGGACGUGCAUGGCGUCAAUAGGUCAAACGGGCACAAGCUCCCAGGCCUCAUGCUAAGCAGCUGAGGAAUGCACAGGGAUCAGCUGUUCCUCAGCCACAUGACUCUCUUACUGCCCUCCUGAGGCUCAUGUCUUCCAGCCCAUCUCCUGUGAAACUAUGAGAGGAUUUACAAGGAAGAGUA